CCCCUGACCAGCGUGCAGCGAGACCGGCUCCGCGGAUGAUCAGUUAGGACAGAACCACCCGCAGACGCAUGUUUCACAUGCGCCGCCGCUCAGGAAACGAUGUGUCGCAGUAAAGUUUAUCCGGACUUCGAAAGCGCGCCGUCGGAAGUUUCUCUUUCGUUAUCCCUUCCACAGGAAAAUGACUUUUUUUUAUCUCGGAGCAUGGAGGCGAAUAUGCAGCUCUCCUCCACACCCGGUGGUUAACUUUCCUCUCGGUGUUUAACCGCUGAAAGUUUCCAGCUGAACAUUUUUCUUUCUUUUUUUGUCGGUGGAGGGUUGGAGGGGUGGCGGGGGGGACGCAGCAGGUGGGAUUCGACCCGCGGCUCGAUCACAGGCUGCAGCCGGGAUGUGACGGAGGGCGAACGUGAAAUGGUCCCGACUUGCCACAGCUGGGAGGAUAUCACCUGAAAAGAGGGUUUUCUUAUGUAUUUACAUUUUUAUUUAUUUAUUUAAAUAGAAUUAAAAAGAAUUUCGCUCCACCAUGAGAGUGCUGACUUUGCUGUGCCUCGCCGUCGGGCUAUGGGAGUCGAGCCUGAGCAACAGGAACUGCCCGGAUCUGACCGUUGACAGCUGUCACUGCUCUGCGGAGAGGACCAAGGAGCUGAGCCGGCAGCACGUCCGAAGGGUCAAGGUGGUGUGUGGCGACGUGGACCUGAUGGACACGCUGCCGCCCAGCUUCUUGCCCAACAGAACCGUGUCCCUAAACCUGAGUAACAACAAGAUCUCCCUGCUGAGGAACGGCUCCUUCUAUGGCCUGGCUGCCCUGGAGAAACUGGACCUGAGGAACAAUUUGAUAAGUACAGUGGAGCCCGGGGCCUUCCGUGGUCUGCUGGCUCUGAGGAGACUGGACCUGUCCACCAACAGGAUUGGCUGUCUGUCCCCUGAAAUGUUUCUCGAUCUGGGCAGCCUCUCAAAAUUGAACCUGUCCGGGAACAUCUUCUCCACUUUGACCGUGGGACUCUUUACACACCUCGUGGCUCUCAGAGUGCUGCACUUCAGCACCCAGACGUUGUUCUGCGACUGCCAGCUGAAGUGGCUGCUCCUCUGGGCCCGAAGCAAUUCGGUGAGGAUUGGCAACGACACGGUGUGCGUGUUCCCCGCCCGCCUCCACGGGCUGGAGUUUUGCAACCUCCUCGAACAGCAGCUCAUAUGUGACGGACCUCUUGAGAUGCCCCUCUUCCAGCUCAUCCCGUCCCAGAGACAACUGGUCUUCCACGGAGACCGACUGCCCCUGCAGUGUACCGCCUCCCACCUGGACCCCUCGGUGGAGCUGCGGUGGCGCCACGACGGCGGCGUCGUGACCACGCAGGAGGACCGGGGAGUCUACGUGGAGAAAACCCUGCUGCACGACUGCUGCCUGCUCACCAGUGAGGUCAUCCUCUCCAACAUUGACGUAGGCAUCGCUGGCAUCUGGGAGUGCCUGGUGACCAGUUCCCGUGGCAACGCUUCUCAGCAAAUGGAGAUUGUUGUUCUGGAGACGUCGGCGCCCUACUGCCCCGCGGACAGAGUCACCAACAACAAGGGCGACUUCAGGUGGCCAAAGACUUUGGCUGGCGUCCUCGCCUUUCUGCCCUGCGCUCCCGCCACCUUUGGCUCUGGCGCCACCCGCCUCUCGGGCCAGACGUUGAAGAAGGUGAAGAAGGUGAAGAAGGCGUGGCGGAGCUGUGACCGCGCCGGGCGGUGGGCUGAGGAGGACUACACUCAGUGCCCGUACGCCAGUGAGCUGACCCGCGUGCUGCAUGAGCUCACACAGAUCACCGUCAACACCACCAACGCUCAGCCUUUAGGUCAGCAGUUGGUGGCCUUCACCAGCAGGGCGGCGCAGUUCAACGAUGUCAUGGACGUCAUCUUCGUUACGCAUCUGGUGGAGAGGCUGACAAGGCUGGUGGCAAAGCGCAGAGACCUGGGGGACUAUAUAUCCGACAUAGCCAGCAACAUGAUGCUGGUGGAGGAGCACAUCCUGUGGAUGGCGCAGAACGAGGCCCGAGCGUGCACUCGCAUCGUGCAGUGCGUGGAGCGCAUCGCGGACCUGGCGCUGAGCGGAGACAAUCGGGCCAUUUCCAAGGUAUCUGCGAACAUUGCUCUGGAGGCCUUUCUGAUCCGGCCGUCUAACUUCCUCGGCCUGUCCUGCACAGCUCUCCAGCAGCCCUCCCCCUCCUCCGCCCCCACGCCCCCCGCUGACAGCCGCAACCGCGCCGACAAGGAUGUGGCGCGAGAGCGCAAUGCCGCGGGGGAAUCGUUGCUCAACUUCAAAUGCCACACUGUCAACAACAGCGGCUCGCCGGCGAGUCAGCUCAGCAAGAACUCAGUGGCAGUCGCCUCAAUCCAUUUACCGCUGGCUGGUACGCCUAUCUCCUCCUCUGCGUUGCAAUCUGUUGAUAACUCCACUUGCAGGCUGCAGUUCAUCGUGUUUCGCAAUGGGAAACUCUUCCCUUGCACGGGGAAUUCGUCAAAUCUCGCCGACGAUGGAAAGCGUAGGAGCGUUUCGACACCAGUUGCUUUCACCAAAUUAGAUGGGUGCAGCCUCGGGAGCGCCGUGCACUCCGUUACCAUCGCUCUCAGGCACUUCGCACUGGGUGUAGACCCCACCGCCGCCUACUGGGAUUUUGACCUGCUGGAUGGACACGGCGGCUGGAGGGCAGAGGGCUGCCACAUAACGGGCUCCGGGGGCAACACGACCACCAUUCAUUGCACCCACCACAAUAACUUUGCCGUGCUAAUGGAUCUGAAGAAGGUGCUGUCUUUCCCCCCGUACCCUGGGGAGUUUCUGCACCCGGUUGUCUAUGCCUGCACGGCGGUCAUGUUGCUUUGCCUCUUCGCCUCCAUCAUCACGUACAUAGUGCACCACAGUGCAAUCCGCAUCAGUCGGAAGGGAUGGCAUAUGCUUCUCAACUUCUGUUUCCACACGGCUCUGACCUUUGCUGUGUUUGCCGGCGGCAUCAAUCGAAUCAAAUACCCCAUCAUCUGUCAAGCAGUCGGGGUGGUGCUGCACUACUCGUCCCUGUCGACCAUGCUGUGGCUCGGGGUGACGGCCAGGAACAUUUAUAAACAGGUGACCAAGAAGCCUCCGCAGAGCCAAGAUGGCGACCCGCCUCCACCCCCCAAACAGCCCCUGUUGAGAUUUUAUUUAUUCAGUGGUGGAGUGCCCCUCAUCAUCUGCGGGGUCACGGCAGCCGUCAAUAUAGACAACUAUGGCAGCGGGGAGCAAGCGCCGUACUGCUGGAUGGCGUGGGAGCCCAGCCUGGGAGCCUUCUUUGGCCCUGUGGCCUUCAUCAUCCUGGUGACGUGCAUCUACUUCAUCUGUACCUUCGUCCAGCUGCGGCGACGCCCCGAAAAGAAGUACGAGCUCAAGCAGCUGACGGAGGAGCAGCAGAGGCUGGCCGCCGUCGACGCGCCGACACACUGCCACCAGGGAUCUGAGCCUGGGGCCCUGGCGGCCACAUCGGGUGGGGGCCACUGCCCCGCCGGCUGCCCGGGCAUCCCCAUCAAUCCCGCACUGCUGGCCAAUGAGCACUCCUUCAAGGCUCAGCUCCGGACGGCUGCAUUCACCCUUUUCCUGUUCCUGGCCACCUGGACCUUCGGGGCCCUGGCUGUGUCACAGGGCCACUUCCUGGACAUGAUCUUUAGCUGCCUUUACGGUGCCUUCUCCGUCACCCUCGGCCUCUUCAUCCUCAUUCAUCACUGCGCCAAGCGCGACGAUGUCUGGCACUGCUGGUGUUCCUGUUGUCCUGGACGACACGCCGACGCCUGCUCCGGCGCCCACAGGCCCACCCCAGCACGGCCUAAGGUCAACGUGAACGGAGACACACCGGGGCACGGCCACGGCCACAGCCACUGCCACCACGACUCACUAUGUCAGGGUAAAUCCCUGAUGAGCUGCAGUCAUGGCAGUUUAAGUCACUGCCAGCACGCCGCCCUUCCAUCCUUGCAAAAUCACACGGCGUGUCUGGCACCGGUGACGCCGUGCUGCGCCGCCCUGCAUAGCCAGCAGCUGAUGGAGGAGGAGCCGGCGGCCACACAUGUCCUGCUACAUGCCGAUCCAGAGGGUUACCGGCCAGGGAUUCAGUUGCACCCCUGCCUCAAGAGCAGCACCAGGACUAAAGGCCGUCACUUCAGCCGGCGGGCCGGGGCCAGUGCUUGCGGGGCAGGGAGUGAGAGGGAGUACGCCUAUCACAUCCCCUCCAGCGUGGAUGGAGGCAGCGUGCACAGCUCACACACAGACAGCCCCCACAGCACGCAUGAGCGCCACGCCCACAUCUGUCCGCAUCUAGCCCACGAGGGCCACCAUGACGGGCAUCACACAUGCCACGCCGCCACGGCCACCACGCACGAGACCCUGGCGUGCCAUAGCCACUGCCACAGGCACAUAUGCUGCACCAAGGCAGACCUUUUCCCUUCCCUGUGCCCGGCAGAGACCAGCGACACAGGCGUCUUCCUGUGUGGCUGCGGAAAAGUGGCUGAGCAGGACCCGCUGGCGACACAUCACCACCUGGAGAUGCACGCCCCGCGCAGACAAUCCUACCCCCAGAACCCGCCCAAUCAAAAUGGGAUUCUAAAGGGGGGCCUGCACGAAGGACUCCUGUACACUUCGGACAGCACAGGGAAUAUACGCACUGGACCCUGGAAGAAUGAAACUACUGUGUAGUGUGGGAAACCGGGGAGACGGGCAGCACCCCUGUUUCAUCCCGCCAAAAAAAUUAAACCCUCGCCUCCCUUUCUAGAAUAAAAAAAUAUAUAUAUAUGAAUUGAAGAACAUUUUAAACAUAUUCAGCGUGGGAUGUUUUUUAUUUUAAUGUCUUCAUGUUUUUAUGUGUGCUGUUUUACUGUACAGAAAUCUGAUUUCACGUAAAUGCUCCCUGAAGAGCGUCCAUACACAGAACAGAAUUUCCUCCACCAAGAAGAAUUUAUGAAACGUAUAUCACACCAAACCAUCAGAUGUAAU